UUGUGUUGAAUAUGGUGGUGUUAUUGACUGGAGAUUUAAUGGAACUUAUUUAUAUCCAAAACUCAAAGAAUGUGAAAAAACAUGCAGUAACAAAGGAGAAAUUUUCUCAGAAUGCGGAUCUGCUUGUGCAAAAACAUGUCGUGAUAUAUCACGUGGUUUAAAAUGCAGUGAAAGAUGCAUUCCUGGAUGCCAGUGUCCAAAAGGAUCUUACUUGGACGACAAGAAUCAUUGUGUUCCUAUGAAGGAAUGCCCAUGUUUCUUUGAAGGAAGUUAUUACAAGGCGGGUGAAAGUGUGAAAGUUGGACGUUGUAAAACCUGUACGUGUAAUAUGGGAGCUAUGGCGUGUGUGGAAGACCGAAAAUGCUCCUCCAAAGGUCCUUGUGAGUCUUUUCCAUGCAAAAAUGAUGGUGUUUGUUCUGAGAAAGGAAAUACAUUCUCUUGUAAAUGUAAAAAGGGAUUUCAAGGCAAAACUUGUGAAGAGUUAACACCAACACCUUGCGACUCGCGUCCAUGUAAAAACGACGGUAUUUGCACAAACAAUGGAGAUAAAUUCACGUGUGAAUGUGCUUCUGGUUUUAAAGGCAAAACAUGUGAAGUUGGAGUUUGUGAUCAUAGUCCUUGUAAGAAUGGUGGUUCGUGUGUUGUUGAUGGUAGUUCAUACAAAUGUACAUGCCCUCCAGACUUUAUUGGUAUUCAUUGUGAAACAAAAGUUCCAAAUCCUUGUGAGCCAAAUCCAUGUAAAAAUGGUGGACAAUGCAACAUUUUGGGUAACAGCUACACAUGUAAAUGCAAACCUGCUUUUGGUGGAAAUAACUGCGAACAUUCACAAUCAACAUGCAUUGCAUCUGGGGAUCCUCAUUACACCUCAUUUGAUGGCAAAAGAUUUAACUUCAUGGGAGAUUGUGAAUACGACUUUGCUAAAGAUUGCAGCGAAAACAAACUUUUUACAGUCCGCACUAAAAAUACGCGAUGUGGGAGGCGUGUCACUCAGGCGUGUACAGCGGCUGUUAAGAUCUAUAUAGCUGGUUACUUCAUUCAGUUCACUCGUCAAAGACGUUCCGCAGUUGUAAACGGAGUUAGGCUUUCACAAUUUCCAAUAGUUCGUCCUGGAUUUAAAAUCACUAAUCCCAGUGGGAGUUGGCUGGUUUUUACUGCUGACAUCGGAAUGUCGACGAGUUGGAACAGUAGGACAUACGUCAAAGUCACCGUUUCAGGAAAAUACAAGGGAAAGAUAUGCAGCACAUCUCUAUGUGGCAACAACAAUGGUCGUCGAGAUGAUGACAAUCAAUACAGCAGAAAAUGUGCGUCAUCAUCUCAACCAUGUAUCAUUGCUUCCCAGAAGAAAGCUGUAAUAGAUAAAUGUCACUUGAUGAGCGAUGCUUCAUCUCCAUUCCACAAAGCGUGCAACCGUUAUGUUGAUCCAGCCGCCUUGAUCAGUAAUUGUAAAUAUGACGCAUGUCGCUGCACAGAUCCAAUGAAAUGUGUUUGUAACGCUUUUGCUGCUUACAGUAAACUUUGUGUUGAAUAUGGUGGUGUUAUUGACUGGAGAUUUAAUGGAACUUAUUUAUAUCCAAAACUCAAAGAAUGUGAAAAAACAUGCAGUAACAAAGGAGAAAUUUUCACAGAAUGCGGAUCUGCUUGUGCCAAAACAUGUCGUGAUAUAUCACGUGGUUUAAAAUGCAGUGAAAGAUGCAUUCCUGGAUGCCAGUGUCCAAAAGGAUCUUACUUGGACGAUAAGAAUCAUUGUGUUCCUAUGAAGAAAUGUCCAUGUUUCUUUGAAGGAAAUUAUUACAAGGCGGGUGAAAGUGUCAAAGUUGGACGUUGUAAAACCUGUACGUGUAAUAUGGGAGCUAUGGCUUGUGUGGAAGACCGAAAUUGCUCGUCCAAAAGUCCUUGUGAGUCUUUCCCAUGCAAAAAUGAUGGUGUUUGUUCUGAGAAAGGAAAUACAUUGUCUUGUAAAUGUAAAAAGGGAUUUCAAGGCGAAACUUGUGAAGAGUUAACACCAACACCUUGCGACUCGCGUCCAUGUAAAAACGACGGUAUUUGCACAAACAAUGGAGAUAAAUUCACGUGUGAAUGUGCUUCUGGUUUUAAAGGCAAAACAUGUGAAGUUGGAGUUUGUGAUCAUAGUCCUUGUAAGAAUAGUGGUUCGUGUGUUGUUGAUGGUAGUUCAUACAAAUGUACAUGUCCUCCAAACUUUAUUGGUAUUCACUGUGAAACAAGUAAAUGGAAAUCUUACAUUCAUUGUAACACUAGUAACUAG